AGUUCCAGAUGUGCUUUAUACAAUCGUAGCAGACAUUCUUAUGUUAUGAUUGGCGACUUAAAUGCCUCGGAUUUGAGGGAUUCAUGCAGCAUUGAGCUUAUGACUAUGAUCACAUCAUGGCCUAGUACAAAGGACAUGAACGUUUCCUACAUAGACAUCCACAAUGAGCUGGUCUAUGGAUUUGAACUUUCAUGGCUGCAGAGCUUCGUGAGAAAUCCAUGGAGUACUUGUUACAUCGAUUAUGAUACUCACCAUGUUGAAUGCGGAGAUUCUGGCAUCAUGGAUCGCCUCAGGGAUAACAUGAUUGGCCGGUAUAUAUUGUUUAUAUAUUAUGAUGGUAUAAGCCCAGUGGUUUGGUGGACUGCAACAAAAGCUAUAUUCGGAAUUCCAUGUGUGCUUGUGUUUUUAAUCUUGAAGUUGAAAAGACGACAUUUAUCAAUGUACAGUGUUAUUGAAGAAUUCUUACAAAGUCACAACAACCUCAUGCCUAUACGGUACUCCUACUCCAACAUCAAGAAGAUGACCAAAGGAUUUAAGGAUAAAUUGGGGGUAGGAGGUUAUGGCUCUGUGUAUAAAGGAAAGCUUCGGAGCGGUCACCUUGUUGCUGUUAAGUUGUUGGGAAAUUCCAAAGCUAAUGGGCAAGAUUUUAUGAAUGAAGUUGCUACCAUUGGAAGAAUUCAUCAUGUAAAUGUGGUGCGACUAAUUGGCUAUUGUGCUGAGGGAUCAAAGCGUGCUCUUAUAUAUGAUUACAUGUCAAAAGGGUCUCUUGAUAAACACAUAUUUCCUAAGGAAGGACUCAUUUCCUUAAGUUGCAAGGAAGCAUUUGAAAUUUCACUGGGAGUGGCCCGUGGUAUUGAUUAUCUACAUCAAGGAUGUGAUAUGAAAAUUUUGCAUUUCGAUAUCAAGCCACACAACGUUCUUCUUGACGAGAAGUUUGUUCCGAAGAUUUCAGACUUUGGUCUGGCAAGAUUAUGCCCCUUAGAUGACAGCAGUUUAACCAUGACUGCUGCAAGAGGAACCCUUGGAUACAUGGCUCCAGAACUGUUUUACAAAAAUAUAGGAGGUGUCUCGAGCAAAGCUGACAUCUAUAGUUUCGGAAUGUUGCUGAUGGAAAUUGCAGGAAGAAGAAAGAACGUGAAUGCAGGUGCAGCCCAUUCUAGCCAAAUUUACUUUCCUUCUUGGGUCUAUGAACAAUUCAACGAAGGAAAGGACAUAGACAUGGGAGAUAGCACUGAGGAGGAUAAGUUAAUAAUAAAAAAGAUGGUUAUCGUUGCAUUAUGGUGCAUACAAAUGAAGCCUAGUGAUCGUCCUAAUUCCAUGAACAAAGUGGUAGAGAUGCUUGAAGGAGAUAUUGAACGCCUUCAAAUGCCCCCGAAGCCUCUCCUAUAUCCAGAACACAAGCCAAUAGUGGAUGAUGAAGAAAAUUCAGAUACACAAUGAUCAUCGACACUGUCGGGUCAUGCUUCUAUACAGUCGGCUAGCUUACUUCAAAAUGAAGAAGUGAUAUUGUAUUUGUUUUGGUGGUGGUUGCUAUUAGUAUA